AACAACAUUAAAUUUACUCGUUUGUAUAGCAUAUUAAAGCAUGUCGUGGUUUAUGAAUACUAUACGCAGAACAGUCAAUCCUUGGAUACCACAAGUAACAUCUGUAAGAUUUCGCUAUCAUGCAGACAAAAUAGCGAAAGGUCCACUUCUAAGACGUUAUGGUUAUAGAGAUCCUAUAGAUAUGAAAGGACUUUUACCUCGUAAUAGUGAUGAAAGGUUACCCAUGCCAAUUUACAGACCACGCGAUGCUUGGUCUCCCAAGAGAGCAUUGUUUGGUCAGAAUGAUUAUAUUGAUAUCUUAGGAUCUGAGGAUCUUCACCCAACUAGAAUUUUAUACAAUAUACCAUCUUGGCUAAGAGGUGUAAGUGGUAAUGAAUAUCAAGUAUUACUGAGAAAACAUAAAAUGUUGCAGCAUGGUAUUUUCCCAAUAGCAAGACCAACUAAAUGGAAAGAAUUAAAGAAAAGGAUCAAAUAUUUGUACAAAUACUUGAACAGAAAAACCAAAACUUAUAAUAGCAAACAAUAA